GGAGGCAAAAACCUCAGAGCCGAAGCUGAAGCCGAAUCGAACAAAGGCGAAAAAUCCAAUCCCACCGCAGCCUAAUUUCAAUUUCAUGUCCAUCUCCCCCCACAAGAAUCCAGGUUCAAAGUCAUCUUCAUCUGCUCAGCGUUCAUCUCAAUCCCCUUUUUCCGACCAUGGAUGCCUGUCUCCUGAUCAACAUCAUGGCGAAUCUAAUCUCCACCACCAAACCUUACAUGCCUCCUUCGGAUCUCUCCGAAUUUUUGACGAUUUCGACGCUUUUUCAGGGCAAGUGGGUCCAACUGCAGGAUAUUCUGAUGGAUCUUCCAGCGAGGUGAAUGUGUAUGAGAGCCAAAAUGACUACACAAGUGAGACUUACGAAAACAGUGGUAAAAGCUCACACCAUGAAGCUGCUACACAAGCUGGGGUAGGAUUCACUGAACGGCGAGAGAAAUUUUCUGUGACCCGUGUUAAUGUAAGUAGCCAUCAGACUACCCCAGCUACAAGUUCUCAAGGAAGAAUGAAUUUAACGGGAAGGAAAGGUCAGAUGGUUAGUGGCAACCACUUACUGAAUUUUCAUUAUGAUCCUAUACCUGUUUCUCGUCCACAGCCAAGAGCUCCUCCUGCCAGAAGACAACGGAAGAGAAAACCUUAUAACAAGGAUCUGUUCCUUCAAGCGAAUUACAAGUUUGUAUUGCUGGAUUCUGGAAACCAUGAGCUUGAGUCUAUGGAUCCGGAUAAAAUGUUAUGUUGGGAGGAUAUCAUUUGUUUGAAGUAUUCAACAUCCUCUCCUGUCCACUGUUCAAUAUGUUUGGAAGGUCCCUUAUGCCCACAGAUAACCUCAUGUGGUCAUAUCUUUUGUUUCUCGUGCAUUUUGCAAUACUUUUCAAUGGAUGAAUAUGAUGAUAAAGCUGAAUAUUGGAAAAAGUGCCCACUAUGCUUUACGAUGAUAUCUUCAAAAGAUUUGUACACCAUCCGCAUUGAGAGCGUUGAACAACACAGGAUUGGUGGUGAAAUAGAAUUUGUUCUAUUAACUCGCCAAAAAGAUUCAUUUACUUUAUCAGUUAAAAACAAUGAAGGAAAUCAUUUUGAUGCCGAGAUUCAAGAUUCUUUCUCAAAGUUCUCCUUGACUUCCGAUGUGGACCUGUCUGUUAGAGAGGCAAUGUCAGAUCUUGAUAAUUGGUUAGCCAGGGCAUAUUCAGGUCUAGUUGAUGACAUCGAGAAACUUCCAUAUGUCUGUUCUGCAAUGAAACAAUUAGAGCAAAGGAAGAACUACUGGAAUGAGCAUCAUUUCAACAGCAAGCAGGAUCAUGCCAGUUCAUACGGGUCUCCACCAACGCCAAAAGCUACUGUUGUGCGACAAACAACCUCUACUGGAAUUAAUGAUAAUCUAAAGUGGUUGCAAAAACCAGCUCCAGAUAAAGUGGAUGUGAAUGUUAAUGAAUCAUUAGAUCAUGAUGGAUCAUCAUCGUCUUCGUUUGAUGAAAACAAGAAUGGACACAUGCAUCCUAGUGGCUUCAAGGACAUCAAAGACGCUGAUUCUUACCAUUUCUACCAGGCUGUUGAUGGUCAGCACCUUAUCCUUCAUCCGCUAAAUAUGAAGUGUCUUCUACACCACUAUGGUAGCUUUGAUAAGCUUCCAAACAGAAUCACUGGAAAGAUACUACAGUUGGAGACAGUAACACAAUCAGAGGCCAUGCGGAGGCGCUAUCGCUUCUUAAGCCAUUUUUCUUUAACAACAACGUUUCAGUUUUGUGAAAUUGACCUAUGCGGAAUGUUGCCUACUGAAUCCCUUUAUCCAUUUAUGGAUGAAAUCAAGAGUAGGGAGAAGCAAAGGAAGCGACUUGCUCGAAAGGAAAGCAAGGACAAAAUUAAGGCUGAAAGUUCUGCCAGUCAAUUUUUGCCUACACCAUAUUACUUAGCACAGUCCUCUUAUGAUGUACCCCCUAGCUUUUCCAUGGAGGACUUUGAAGCUUUGGGAAGUCCACCCGUAACAUCGUCAAGUCCUCCAACAAUUGGGGAGAGGCAGUCGUUUUCAAGUGUUGCAAGGUUAGGUUUUGCCGCUGGACAUGAUUCUCCAGCUUUGAAAACAGAGGAAGGUCAAUCUCUUCCUAAGAUUGAUGUACCCCACGGCUCUUCUGAUGCAGCAGGAUUUAGAAACGCAGGUUCCUUAUCAUUUGCCAGUGUUACAUCUAGAGCAAAGCCUGCUGUUGAAGAAGGCCUGCAUAUGUCCAAGGUGAAUGAAUCGGGGAAGAAGGGGAAGAAAUCAAGUCGUGUCCUCCUAUCCACAGCAGGUGGUCGACGUUAUUGAGAAAAUGCUUUUAAACUGCUGCAUGGUUAUUUUCCUGUGGAAUAAUGAUGCUGACAUCCUUUCUUGGCCGUUUGUUUAGGCAAUUUAUUUAUGUUUCAUUUCCAUUUAUUUAUGCUUAUGCUUUAUUGGGCUUGUAUAUGAGGUUGGCCCAAGCCUCUUAACUAUUGGGUUUAUAUUUUGUUAUUUAUAUGGCUGUAAUUGGAACUUCCAAAGUUAGUAGAUGAAUGAAAUUAUUCACAUUGGCAUGUUGUC